AUGUCCGCGCUCCUCCGGCACGUCCUCCUCCUCCAGCGCGACGUCCCCGCGGCGGCGGCGUUCUACAACAAAGGCCUCGGCCUCGUCGUGGAGGUGUGCACGGACGCCUACGCGGAGCUGAGCGAGCCCCGCGGAGCCCAAACGGGCGGAGGCGACGCGCACACGGACAGAUCCCCGCCGUCGUCGUCGUCGUCGCCGUCGCCGUCGCCGUCGCUUCCGCGCGACGGCGGCCGCGUCGUCCUCGCGCUGAAACGCGUCGAGGCGGAGGCGCACCUCACGACGGGGUACUCUCCGAUCUUGAACUUCACGGUGACGGACAUGCAGGACACGGUGCAGAGUCUCAUCGAAGCGGGCGCGCGCAUGGACGGCGGGAUCAAGUAUCUGACGCAGGGGAAAGUCGCCGCGUUUCGUGCGCCGGACGGGCACAUGCUCGGUCUGUUCGAGCCCGCGGAGGGGAGCAUCCUCGCGGGGAAGCGACCGACGUCCUGA